CCUGCCCGAGGUUGACCUUAAAAUCCCCUCCCCUAGGGUUAAAAGGGCUUUGGCGAGGGUGUAAUUGCACACUGCAGUGUGAUAUACAGGUGCAAAGGCAGGAUUUAGAGCUCCAUUUUGUUUCCGCCCUGCUUAGAUCCCACAACUUUCCACAGAGCUAAGAACACCCUCGUCAUGUCUACCUCUCGGCUGAAAGAUGACAGUUGGAUCAGAAAAGACGAGGAUGAAUAUGAAACUGUUGACCGAGAUCCAAACUUCGGUUCAUCUCUUCUCAGCCACUACAGAUCCACCGAUAGUCUUAGCGGCCCCAUGACCGAAAGUACACAAAUGACCAGGUCAUCAUCUGUUCAGUCUCUUAGCAAGAGAUUCAGUGGGAGUCAGGAUGAGCUGCAACCCAGCUCCUACUCCCACUCCAGACUCUCCUACACUCAGAGCUCCCCCUCCUACAGGAGAAGCGAUGAACCGGGUUCAAGGUGCACCAGCACCACCACAGUGAGCAAGGAUGGCACGAUCACAGAAACCACAAUCACCAGCCAGAGUCUCAGAAGUCCCACCAAGACGUUCAGCGAGCGGGUGCAGACCUUCAGCAAAGGUUCUGAGGACAAACUAUAUGAUACGCUCAUCCCCAGUGCUAUCAGAGAUGACGACAAUAGAUCAAGUCUCUCCAGCAGUGAGACUAUGACUCUGACAAGAAGCAUGAAUGGGGCUGGAGAUGAGCUGUACGACACCCUGCUGUCAAAGGGCAUCUCCUCCACUCAGUCUUCAUCUUACAACACCUCGAGCGUAACCAAGAGAGAGAUAGUUACGGUGGAGAGCAGUGUAGCACCACUAUCUUCAGCGUCCUCCUUGCGAACCACUAGCCGCUCUUACACUGAUGAAAUUCCCAGUGCCCGUGUCACCUCUUACUCUAUCAGCAGCAACCAGCCCAAUGACGACUACAGUAGCACAAGUGGGAACUACUACUACUCCUCAUCAUCAUCAUCCAAGCCCACCUAUGAAUACAGCAGCAUCAGCAGUCCAACUGAAUACAGCUCCACUACAUACAGGAGCAGCAGCACCAGCAGGUCUGACAACAUGCUGUCAAGUCCCAUGACAUCAUCCAUCAAAACUGUCUACACCAGUCCUGAUAGGGUAACUUUUGAGAGGGAACUUUGCACCUACUGCCAUAAGCCUUUCAAUGGCGACGCCAAGAUGAUCCUGGAUGAAAUGAAGAUCAGCUGCCAUGCUUUCUGCUUUAAGUGCGAAGUGUGCAAUGGCACGCUGGGCCACAUGAAAGCGGGCGACUGCAUGUGGGUGUACAACCACAUGGUGCACUGCGAGAACUGCUUUGACGUGACCAGAGAUAAAUGGCGUCACUGAUCUUGCACUUCAACGUCCUUGGUGAAAAAAAAGGAGAGAUGCAACAUAUUAGAAAAAUUGUUAGGGGGGGGGGGGAUCAAAUAGGUUCUCUUUUGCAUUCAUAUUUGCAUUGAUUCAGGUGUUUUGGAUGAUCUUGAAGGAUGGGCAUACAUAUAACAGCAGACAGUUGGAAUAGAUAUAUUCAAUAUAUUAUUUCUGAUAUUCUCUGAAGGCUUUUACUCUUCAUUUAUAAUGUGGUGAUAGCAAUACUGUGAUGUAGAUGGCCGGGGUUGUUAUUCCUGCGUGCAAUAAAAGCGGUCACUGUAUUGA